AUGGAUUUUUUGCAGCAAAUACAGUUUAUAUGUAGGACAACAUGGGAGAAAAACACAGGUCCUUGUGGGAAUCCUUGUUCAUCAUCAGAUAUAGGAAAGACUAAACCAUCUAGUAUCUAUGACAACAUUUUCUGGCAAUAUGACAAUGGAACAAUCACAGAUACAAAGUACAACCUAAACUAUGUUUUGACCACAGUUAGCAAUACUCCAUCAUACGAACAGGGAGAAAACAAGUUUUUGAUUCCCUUGUCAAACAUACCCAGAUUUACGUUAAGGCUGAAUAAUAUUUCCUGGAUAUUAACGGGUACUGACAAGACCCCAAUGAGUGUUGUGCUGAAGAUUGCAGUAAACACAUACAUUAGAAAUGAUACCAAUAUGCCAAAUGCCAGUCCUAUAUCUGCGUCGCCCCCAUAUAUAGGAAUACAGCACAGUUGUCAGACAGUGAUAAAAAUACCUGUAAUUGAUCCGGAUGAUGACAGGGUGGCUUGCAGAUGGGCGGAAUCCAAAGACUGUGGUCAGUCGUGUACAGACUUGCCACAUGCUGAAUUAAACCAGAAAGCAUGUACAAUUGAGCUUUACGCUAGCACUCGAAAUGGUUACCAGCCUGGUCAAAGGUACCGCGUUACAUUAAUGGUAGACGAUUUCCCAAGAUAUGGUAUUUUCGUGAAUAAUAAAGCUGUAACACCACAACAAAAAAUAAGUAGCACUCCUUUACAGUUUACUAUACAUAUUGUAAAUGGACCAACCAGUUGUGAUACCAAUAUGAAAUUUGUGUCAUUGACGGUACCUGAAAACCUUCGAGUACCAUACCCUACAAAUAUGCCACAACUUCUUAAUGGUGUAUAUUUGGAAACGUUAGAUGUAAACAAUACAUCUUUUCUGGUUAGUUUAUCUAAGGGUUGCACAUACCAGCAGCUACCAGAUGACAAUGGAAGAAAAAAUGUAACCCGACUUUACGAGAUUUGUAAAGUUACCCCUAGAGACAUGAUCGGUGAUGCUUUAUUUUGUGUCUGGGGUAUGAAUAAUUACGGAAUAACAAGUCAACCAAGGUGUGUCGAUGUAAUUGUUGCUGGUCGAAAUGAAUGUUCUACAUCACCAUGCACGGGAAACGAAACAUGCUACAAUCUGUUUAUGAGUCAUUCCUGUCGAUGUAAAAACGGAUACAAACGUCCAUUCUGUAUACAAGUCGUACAGUGGCUGUUGAGUAGUGAAGUUAAAGAUAUUUUAAAUAAGAAAAGUAUUUACCUGUAA